GUUUCACAACACACUAUUCAAUGUGUCACUCACUCAUUCUGCGUGAGUUCGUACGAGCAGCUGUAGAAUUCUCAGCAGAUGAUAAAUACUAGUACUAAUUAUUAAAACAAAAAAGAAGGGAUAAAAGUGCCCUCAGGAAUGGCCCCAUCGGCGAAGGGUAAAGAGAAGGUCAUUGACGGCGGCAAAGGCUCGUCGGGGAAGAGGAAGCGUAACAUCGGCGGUGGUGACGACGGCAAAACUGGUGGUCGGAAACGGAAGAAUCGCGGCGUUCUUCAGUUCUUUGACGAUGCCGCUUACGAAGUUGAUGAGGAUGAUGCCAGUGACGACUCAUUCUUCGAUGAUGAUUCUCUGGAAGAUGAAUUUGACACAGCAGCUGCAGCAAUGCAAUUCCAGUCUGAACCUAGCAGAGCCCCCUUUCUGCCUUUUGUUCCCAAAGUGGAGGAACCAACAGAAGAAGAACUUGAAAAGAUGUUACAGGAACGAUACAAACCAGGCUCUACUUUUGUGACAUAUGCAGAAGACAAUUACGAGAGCAAAAGAACGGUGGAAAUGCCUGAACACUGUCCUUCUGUUAAGGAUCCAAUCAUCUGGAAAGUCAAAUGCAUGGUUGGACGUGAGAGGCAUUCAGCCUUCUGCCUCAUGCAGAAAUACGUGGACUUGCAAUUUCUGGGAAAGAAGCUGCAGAUAAUUUCUGCAUUUACAAUUGAUCACGUUAAGGGUUUUAUUUAUAUCGAAGCAGAGAAGCAGUGUGAUAUUAAUGAGGCGUGUAAUGGGCUGUGUAGCAUAUAUUCAAGUCGCGUUGCACCUGUACCAAAGGAGGACAUUAAUCAUUUAUUUUCUGUUAAAAACAAGAGUAAUGGAAUUUCUGAGGGAAUGUGGGCACGUGUUAAGAAUGGGAAAUACAAAGGUGAUUUAGCACAGGUUGUGGCUGUAAAUUCUGCACGGAAGAAAGUGACCGUGAAGCUGAUUCCUAGGAUAGACUUGAAAGCAUUGGCUGAGAAAUUUGGUAGAGGAAUUACUGCCAACAAGACUGCUAAUCCGGCACCAAGACUCAUAAGCAAUAGUGAACUCGAAGAGUUCCGGCCUCUGAUUCAAUGUCGACGGGACCGUGAUACUAACAAAGUCUUUGAGGUUCUUGAUGGGAUGAUGCUGAAGGAUGGCUAUCUGUAUAAGAAAGUAUCCAUUGACUCGUUAAGCUUUUGGGGAGUAACACCUACAGAAGAUGAGCUUCUUAAAUUUGAGCCUUCAAGGAAUGAAGAAUACAAUGAUCUAGAGUGGUUAUCCCAGCUUUAUGGCGAACAGAAAAAGAAACGUCCUUUACUUAGUGACAAAGGUGGUGGAAAAGGUGAAGGUUCUUCAACGCCAAGCCUGGACACUGAUUUUGAAGUGCAUGAUUUAGUUUUUUUGGGUCGAAAGGAUUUUGGUGUUGUCAUUGGCACGGAGAAGGAUGAGAUUUUCAAGAUUAUCAAGGAGGGCUCAGAGGGACCAGUAGUUGUCACUAUUCCACGGAAGGAGUUAAAGAAUGCAUCAUUCGAUAAGAAGCUAUUCACAGCACUUGAUCAGAAAAUGAAGAAUAUAUCAAUUAAUGACAGAGUCAGAGUUUUGGAUGGUCCAAUGAAGGAUAGAGAAGGCAUUGUCAAGAAAAUUUACAGAGGGAUUAUUUUCUUGUACAAUGAAACCGUAGAGGAGGACAGUGGUUACAUUUGCUUUAAGGCACAGUUGUGCGAAAAAGUUGAGCUUCCUGGUGAAGCACGUAAUGAGAAGGGUGGUGAACAGGAAACUGUAGUAUUUGGGGAUUUUGCUUCUUCUCCUAAGUCCCCUCUCUCGCCUAAGCAAUCUGAUCAAGGAAGGGAUGGUAGCCGAAACUUCAACAGGGAAAACAAUACAAUGUUCUCUGUGGGACAAUCACUUAGAAUCCGUGUGGGCCCAUUGAAGGGGUACCUUUGUCGUGUGUUGGCAAUACGGCGGUCUGACAUCACUGUGAAGCUUGACUCUCAGCAUAAAAUACUUACAGUUAAAUGUGAGCAUCUUGCGGAGGUUCGUGCAAAAAGUUCUGGCAUUUCUUUGGGGGAGGAAUCUGACUCUUUAAGGCCAUUUGAUCUCCUUGGUACACAGGAUGGCUCAACAGAUUGGUUGGACGGGACAGCUAAAGCAGCAGGAGGUGGAAAUUGGAAUGCAGAAGGAUUUUCUACAGAAAGGAGCUCUUGGCCUGCUUUUCCUGCAUCUAACUCCUCGCUUUGGACAGAAGCUCAAUCUUCCAAUCCUCUUAUAUCUGUGGAUGAAGCCAACAAAGGUCACUCUUCCUGGGAGGUUAAACCUACUCCAAGUCAAGGUCCAUCAUGGGGUGCAGCUGCAGCAGCUCGACAAACUUCUGGUGACGGUGGACAGGUUGCUAAUUGGGGAAACAAAGAAGACAGUAGUAAGAAAGGAGCUUUUAGUACAAGUUUUGUGGGUAAUGCUUCUGACAGUUGGGGAAAAGCUCUUGAAUCUGUUCAUCAGUCCACUACCCAGGAGCCUAAGGAGGAUUCUGGGGGCCAGGCUGCUGAGAAUUUGAGCAUUAAAGAUGAUUCAAGUGGAAGCAAGUCAGCCUGGAAUGCUUCUGGAGUUGCUCCUGAGAAGCCAACUAUGGGUUGGGGAAAUGCUGAUGGUGGUUCAGAUCAACCAGAUGCAAAUGCCUGGAAUAAAGUUACGACUUCAAAUACACAUGAGACAGGAAACUGGCAGAGCACGAGAAAGGAUGGAGAAGGUGCAGGAGAUGAAAGUGCUUGGAACCAAAGUGCACGAGUCAUUGAUGGUGGAUCUUCUUGGAAUAAACAAGAUGGUGAAUCUUUUGGGAAUAAGCAAGUUGGUGGUUCCUCAUGGAAUAAACCAGAUGGAGGAUCCACUUCUCAGAGCAAGCAAGGUGGUGAAUCCUCUUGGAGCAAACUGGAUGGAGGAUCCACUUCUCAGAGCAAGCAAGGUGGUGAAUCCUCUUGGAGCAAACCGGAUGGAGGAUCCAGUUCUUGGAGCAAACCGGAUGGAGGAUCCAGUUCUUGGAGCAAACCGGAUGGAGGAUCUGGUUCUUGGAGCAAACCGGAUGGAGGAUCCAGUUCUUGGAGCAAACCAGACCGGGGAUCCAGUUCUCAGAGCAAGCAAGGUGGUGAAUCCUCUUGGAGCAAACCAGAUGGAGGAUCCAGUUCUUGGAGCAAACCUGAUGGAGGAUUCAGUUCUUGGAGCAAACCAGAUGGGGGAUCCAGUUCUCUGAGCAAGCAAGGUGGUGAAUCCUCUUGGAGCAAACCGGGUGGGGGAUCCAGUUCUUGGAGCAAACCGGACGGGGGAUCCAGUUGUCAGAGCAAGCAAGGUGGUGAAUCCUCUUGGAGCAACCCGGAUGGAGGAUCCAAUUCUUGGAGCAAACCGGGCGGAGGAUCCAGCUCUUGGAGCAAACCGGACGGAGGAUCCACUUGGAGCAAGCAAGGUCAUGGAUCUUCUUGGAGUAAACCGGAUGGAGGAUCUGCUUCUUGGAGCAAAGAGGUUGGUUCAACUGAAAAUAAAGGUGAUACUGAUCAAGGUGGGAGUUGGGGGAGGUCAGAAUCAUUUGGCAGGGCCCGUGGUUCAGGUGGAAGAAGUGGAAGAGGUGGUCGAGGCGGAAGAGGUCAAUUUGGUAGGGGAAGGUCAUUUGGUCAGGGCGAGACUUCCAACUGGGGAAAAGGCAAUACAGAUGAACAUGGCUUCAGUGGUGAUGCAUCGAAGGGAAACCAUUGGAGUUGGAAUAGUGGUCGAGCAGAUAGUUGGGAUAAAAAUGUAUCCUCUGCUGGAGAUAAAGAGAGUGGUUGGGGCAAGCCAAAUGCAUCAGGGGACAAUGGUGAAUCCAAAUGGAGGGGUGCUACUAAAGAUACUGGUGAAUGGGGUGGAAAAUCUCAUACAGGUUGGAAUGGUGGUCGGGCUAAUGACCAAAAUGAAUCCUCAGAUUGGCAGAAGAAAGAUAAAAGCUGGUCUCAGAAAUCUGAUGACAGUAAAAUGGAUGUGGAGGCAGGCAAAGAUGAUCCCUGGAACAGCAAAAAAACAUCGGAGGGAGGUUCAUCCUCAGGUUGGGGUCAAAGCAAGUCAGGUGGAGCAACUGAUGCUGGUGGAGGUUCAUCCUCAGGUUGGGGUCAAAGCAAGUGGGGUGGAGCAAGUGAUGCUGGUGGAGGUUCAUCAUCAGGUUGGGGCCAAAGCAAGUGGAGUGGGGAAACUGAGGCUGGGGGAAAACAAAACUCUUGGAGCAGCAAGAGCAAUUGGAACUCAGACAAUAACUUUGGCAGUAAUGAAGGGCAAAAUGACACUUUUGAUAACCAGGGAAGAGGUGGAAAUUGGAGGGGAGGCCGAGGAGGAAGAUGGGGGCAAGAUAGAGAUGGUUUUGGGCGCAGAGGUUCUGAACGAGGUGACUUUGAAGGUCGUUCUGACCGUGGUGGUUUUGGGGGUAGGGGUAGAUCAGGUAGGGGAGGAUUUGGUGGUAGAGGUCGAUCGGAUAGGGGAGAUUUUGGUGAUUUUGGUGGGAGAGGUGGAUCAGAUAGGGGGGGGUUUCGUGGCAGAGGUGGUUUUGGAGGAAGAGGACGUGGAAGGAGGGAUGAUUGGAAUAAAAAUGAUUCUGAUCAAGAUAAGUCCUACCGCUAUAACAUGUCAAACAAGGAUGUGGACUGGAAAAGUAGUAGUGGUGGAGGUAAUUGGAAUGAUGGAGAUAGUGACAAAGGCCAAUGGCAGAGUGCGAAUUCAGGUUGGGUGGCUGCUGGGGGAGGAGAUAGUGCUCGAGCUGGUGGAUGGAACAAAGGAAACGAUAAUGCUGGUGGCAGUUGGGAUGAUGGAGUUCAUGGCAAAGGCCAGUGGCAGAGUGGGAAUUCAGGUUGGGCAGCUGUUGGUGGAAGAGAUAGUGCUCAAGCUGGUGGGUGGAACAAGGGAAGCAAUAGUGCUGGUGGGAUCGGUGCCCAAUCUAGUGGCUGGAAUCAUGGAGCUAAAGAUGUAGCUAGUGGUGACAAGCCUAAUUCUGGGAAAAAUGGGUCUUGUAGUAAUGCUGGUGGAUGGGUAAGCAACAAUAGUGGAGGCAAUUGGCAAGCUGGUGAUACGAAUCAGUGGCAAGGUGCUGGUUCAGAUGGGAAUAAAUCAAAGGAGCCUGCUGAAAGUGGAGACAUUGAGCAAGCUGGUGGCUGUACCGGAGGACUUGGUUUAAGCAAAGAUGUUAGUGGAAGUGAUACUAAUUCCGGUUGCUGGAAUAGCCAAAAUAAUAAUUGGAAAACAUCAAAUUCUUCUGGUGGAGCCACAUCAUCUAGUUGGAACCAACCGGCUAUGGGGAAGGGGGAAGGUGCUGGCACAGCUGAUGCUUGGGGUAAAGCACCGGCAAGCUCCUGGGGCCAGGCAAAGGAUGGAAAUGAUAAAGGGGGUUGGUAACUGCACUAUAAAGGUUAGAUGCUAAGAAGCCCUUGCACCAAAGCACAGAUGGUGACUGUUCACUAAAAAUCUUCUAAAAAACUUUGGGGGUUUGAAACUAUAUCUUCAUCUUUGUCCGUUGUGUAGAAAGCCAUGAAACCUUUGACAAUUUUCUGGAUGUUUUCAGUAGUGCUGUAUGACUUUUCAGCUGUAUAUAAAGCUAAUUGUCGGUUUUUGAUGAAUUCUAUGGACUUUCAUUAGUAAGGUUCAUGAAUCCCCUCCCCGACUUCCCUGCAUGGGCCUGUUGCGGUUCAUAAACGCCCCUGGGUUUC